UCAUAUGAUUCCUUCCUUUAGUUUCGUGAUAAUAAUCCUCAACUGAUAUCUUCCUUUUUUUGUUUUGGCUAAAGAUAUUUUAUUCUCAUUAAUAGAAAAGACGGUUUUGGGCUUUUGGUUUGCGAUAUAAAGAAGACCUUCGUGUGGAAGAUAAUAAUUCAUCCUUUCGUCUUUUUCUGACUCUUCAAUCUCUCCCAAAGCCUAAAGCGAUCUCUGCAAAUCUCUCGCGACUCUCUCUUUCAAGGUAUAUUUUCUGAUUCUUUUUGUUUUUGAUUCGUAUCUGAUCUCCAAUUUUUGUUAUGUGGAUUAUUGAAUCUUUUGUAUAAAUUGCUUUUGACAAUAUUGUUCGUUUCGUCAAUCCAGCUUCUAAAUUUUGUCCUGAUUACUAAGAUAUCGAUUCGUAGUGUUUACAUCUGUAUGCAAAUCUUCGUGAAAACACUCACUGGCAAGACUAUCACUCUCGAGGUUGAGAGCUCUGACACCAUCGACAAUGUUAAGGCAAAGAUUCAGGACAAGGAAGGCAUUCCUCCGGAUCAGCAAAGAUUAAUAUUCGCCGGUAAACAGCUAGAAGAUGGCCGUACCUUGGCCGAUUACAACAUUCAGAAAGAAUCAACCCUUCAUUUGGUUCUCCGUUUAAGAGGUGGUAUGCAAAUCUUUGUCAAGACUCUGACUGGCAAGACCAUUACUUUGGAGGUUGAGAGCUCUGACACUAUUGACAACGUCAAAGCAAAGAUCCAGGACAAGGAAGGAAUCCCUCCGGAUCAGCAGAGACUUAUCUUUGCCGGUAAGCAGCUUGAAGACGGAAGAACUCUUGCUGACUACAACAUUCAAAAGGAGUCGACCCUUCAUUUGGUGCUUCGUCUCAGAGGUGGUAUGCAAAUCUUUGUCAAGACCCUCACUGGUAAAACAAUCACCCUUGAGGUUGAGAGUUCAGACACCAUUGACAAUGUCAAAGCUAAGAUCCAAGAUAAAGAGGGAAUUCCUCCGGAUCAGCAGAGGCUUAUCUUUGCCGGUAAGCAGCUCGAAGAUGGACGCACCCUUGCAGAUUACAACAUCCAAAAGGAGUCGACACUUCAUCUUGUGCUUCGUCUCCGUGGUGGUAUGCAGAUCUUUGUGAAGACCCUUACCGGAAAGACCAUUACUCUGGAGGUUGAAAGCUCAGACACCAUCGAUAAUGUCAAGGCUAAGAUUCAGGACAAGGAAGGGAUCCCACCAGACCAACAGAGACUCAUCUUCGCUGGAAAACAGCUUGAGGAUGGUCGCACACUUGCAGAUUACAACAUCCAGAAGGAGUCGACUCUUCACUUGGUUCUUCGUCUUCGUGGUGGAAGCUUCUAAGCUUUUUGUGAUCUGAUGAUAAGUGGUUGGUUCGUGUCUCAUGCACUUGGGAGGUGAUCUAUUUCACCUGGUGUAGUUUGUGUUUCCGUCAGUUGGAAAAACUUAUCCCUAUCGAUUUCGUUUUCAUUUUCUGCUUUUCUUUUAUGUACCUUCGUUUGGGCUUGUAACGGGCCUUUGUAUUUCAACUCUCAAUAAUAAUCCAAGUGCAUGUUAAACAAUUUGUCAUCUGUUUCGGCUUUGAUAUACUACUG